UAAGGGACUCACCGACAUGGUUUUUGAACACUUCCAGGGAUGGUGAUUCCACCACUUCCCUGGGAAGCCUGUUCCAAUACCUCAUGACCAUUUUGGUGAAGAAAUUUUUCCUAAUAUCCAACCUAAACCUCCCCUGGAGCAGCUUGAGGCCUUUACCUCUUGUCCUGUUCUGCUGUGACAUGCUCUGCCCACCCCAGGCCUCCACACACCUUGUGUCUGGGGUUCAGUGCCCUGGGUGGCAUGGUGUCUUCUCAACCUGUAAGGCAUGUGUGCCUUCCUGAGGUGUUCUGGUGUGUGAAGGACAGGUUGGCCACAUAGCCUUAGCAAACACUGCUGCAUCCAUUAAGAACUCAGAGCGUGUGAUGAGUGAAGGCUUUAGCCAGAGCAGAAGGGUAGAGGUGCCCAGAUGAACUGUUGUUCUCCUUUUAAAAAUAACCUGUUUUGAUUCAGACUUCAUGCUGAAGGUUAUCCCGGCUGUCAUUGGUUUUGAAUUUGCCUCUCCAAGGCUUGAGGUUUUUAAGAAGAAAGAGAAGAGGAGCUGCCAAUCAAGAGUUCUGUCAUGACUGGCAAUCCGUGUAAGAGACUUGUUUGGAGUGACUCAGAUGUUUUUGAUUCAAGGCACAGACAAGAUCCUGAAGAUUCCCAUGAGGCCCACAAGCAGAAACCAAAAGAGAAGGAAAGGAGACUGGCUGUGAGUCAGUGGGACGUGGAUGUACAACCCCUUGUUUCAUCUUCUAAAUGGCUUCAACUUCAUGGGCUCAAAAGAAACAAACUGUCCCUAUCCCAGAUUUUGUCACAGAUUGGAUUCCAGCACAGGAAAGAUUAUGUGACCAUCCUGGGGAAAUUUGUGGCUUCUCGGUAUGCAGAUGGUCUGUUUCCUCAAUACAAGGAAGCACAAGAUGGGAACGUGUACAAUCUGACAGCCAAAAAAGAACUGAUUCUUCAUUUUGUGGAUUGUCUAAUGGGAGCUAUUGAGCUAUACAAGCAGCGAAUGGAAUGGUUAACCAGUGAGAGCCGACAGAUAUUUGGAGUGAUUCAAGAACGGUCCAUUGUCAUUGUUUUGGAUUUUGGCACUGUAGCUCCAGCUGAAUUUGAUCUAUGUCGGGAUGCACUUUCUAUGGUACUCAUGGAACAGGUGACCCAAAUUGCCAAAUUCAACCUCAUUCGGGCUGCUCAGGAUCUUACGAAGUGGCAACAGAAAUCUACUCCUGUGUCUAAGCAUACUAUAAAGUCUGCUGUUACAUGGCUCUGGAGGCUGGACCAUAUGACAGCUGCCAGCCAUACCAACUCUGCUGAAGCUCUGCUAGAAGCCAUGAGUGAUGAGGCGGCUGAAGCUGUUUAUUACUUUGUUGUGGGUGAUGUGCCAAUGGACACAAAGGAGCUACUCCUUGAGAAGGUUUCUAAUGGCCCCUGUGCAGUCCACACUGUAUCUUUCAAUGCAAGGGAAGAUGAAACUAUUUUUUUUCUGAAAGAGUUGAGCCACUUGGCCUCUGGCAGAUUCCAUGCUUUUGCUGAGAAGAAUGAUUCUAGAGAUGCUGCUGGACCUGAACUAAAAUGUGAAAAGGAUGGAAAAGGUCUAAUUGUCCUGAAUACCAGAAAAGUGAAAGGGCGAAUGCCACUAGUAGCUGGUGUCCGUGAAGAUGUCUUUCUGAUCUGGAAGGAAUUAGAGGAAGCCAAGAGUACAGCGAGACGAAUUCAGAAAAUUUUAUCAGAAUCUGACCAGUUUGCUUCUCAAGAUGCAACCAAAGGUGAUCAUCCAUUACAAAAGCAUACAUCUGACAAGUAUUUGACUUCUGAGAAGUGGUUGCAGAAGUAUGGCUUGAAAGCUCAGAAGCUCACACUGUAUGAUGCACUUGCUGAUUGUACUUUUCGCCAUGCAGAUGGGAUUGUUGACAUAAAAACUAAACCAGAAGAUGAGUCUUCACAAACUGAUGCUGAGACAAAGAGGAAGGUAAUUCAUGCAAAAUACUGUGACAGAUUUGUACAUACCUUCUGGAAAGAUGGGUCUAUGGUUCACCUAUAUGUUAGUACAGAAAAGUAUAAGCAGUAUGAAGAGAAAAUGAGGACAGCUCUCAGACAAGUGGAAGGAAGGAUUAAGUGGCUUCAACAAGGAAGUAGAGGGCUCUUUGGGAAUGUGUUUGAAGAUGAUGUCUAUAUUCUCAUUGAUACAUCCCAGUCUAUGAAAGACAAGUUGCCACUGGUGAAGGAGAAAAUAUUUCAGCUCAUACAGGAACAACUGAGACACAAAAAGAGAUUUAACUUUGUGAAAUUUAGUGCCCAAGCAUUGGCAUGGCAAGAGAAACUUGCUGAAGUUAAUGAGGAAAAUUUGCAAGAUGCCUGGCUAUGGAUAAAAGGGCUUAAGGUUGGAGGUUCCACAAAUACACUCAAAGCUCUCCAGAUUGCUCUGGCUGAUACUCACACACAGGCAAUUUAUCUCUUGACUGAUGGGAGACCUGAUCAGCCCCCCCCAGUAAUUUUGGCUCAUGUCCAGAUUCACUGUAAAGUUCCCAUCCAUACUGUGUCUUUCAACUGUGAUGAUAUAGAAGCUAAUAAAUUUUUGCAUGAACUAUCUACUGAAACAGAGGGACGGUUCCAUUAUUACAACAUUUAUUUGACUGAUUCUGAUGCUGCAGAGUUUAUUGUUAGUGAAGACAUACGUCUUUUGAAAAGAGAGAUUGAGCAAGGAGAAAGAGACCUGGAGAAAGUGAAGACCUUUCACGCCAAAUGUCUGAUGAUGGAUUGUUGUAAUGGAGAAAAUGAUUUAGAGAAUAAAAAUCACAAGCAGAUAUAUACUGUGUCAUCUGUAAACAAACAUGUUGAGGAGCUGAGUACUUUUACUCUUAGCAGUAGGACGUGCUGUGCUUCAGAAGAGCCAACACUGACACCACAUCAGCAAACCUGGCAAACUACUGCUGACAGUCCAUCCCAAAGGAAGAAAGCAUUAUAUGCAGAGCAAACAAAGACGAGUCUGCUGCGAAUCCUGAGGAAAUCUAGGGAAGAAAGCGCAGAGGAAGGAGUAUCUCCUGAAAAAAAGAGGUUUUCUGUCAAAAAGAGUGUGAAAUGUACCACCACUUGCGAAGGCAAGUUGCCAGGACAGGAGUCUGCCAGAACAGAUCUGAAGCUGCAGAAAUCUGUGAAAAGGGCAUCUAAAAGUUCUUUAGAUAUGUCGUCAGCUCUUUGGUUAAAGACCCAUGGCUUGGUUGCUAGGCGACUCACCAUCAUGGAUGCCUUAGCUCCUACAGCUGUUCCUCGUGGUACCAAAUACAUCCCAGUUCUGGACAAACAUGUAGUUUCUAAAGUAUUUGAUGAGAUCCUACCAUUGGCCCACAUUAGCAACAACAAGAAGUGGAUCACACUAAUUAAUCCUCAGGCAGUGAAUCUUGAUGCCUAUAAAGAGAAGCUGGAACAAGCAAUUAAAUCCUAUGAAAGGCGCCUAAAUAUAUUUAUUUGGAGAGCACUCCCUCAGGAGGAAAGAGACAAAUUUAAAGAGGAUGGGCCAGUCCAAUAUAUGCAGCAUAAAGAAGCUUUGCUGGAAGCUUUAGAGAAUUUGGAAUGGCCAAUUUCCUAUGAAGAUGUAAUACUGUUAGAAAAUGAGAUACUGGCAGCAUUAACAUAUAUACAACAAGCCUCUGAUCUUCAGGAAGCCGUCAAAAAGGAAACUGAGAAAAGCUCAGAAUCAUGCUUAAGAAACAAUAAAAAGAGACUUGAAGAAGAAACUGUGAAGUCAAAAUCUAAAAAAAACAAAAAAAGCCAAGUAUUUGUGACUCACAAAAGCCAAAAGGUGAUUGCAAGAUCAGACAUCACAGGAUUUUAUUAUCCAGGAACUGUGGUAAAGAAUAUCAGUUCUACCUGUGCACUUGUUGACUUAAACAAUGGGGAGACCUGUACCGUACCUGUGAAGUUCAUUAUACCUGUGGGAGGUGCUAUGCCAUGCCCAUAUCUGCAGGUUGGAGACUAUGUGUUUGCCAGAACUGGGACACAGACAGGAAAUGAAUAUUAUGUGCCUGCCAUUGUCAUAGCAACACCAAAGAGCAUGGAAAUGGGUGACAAACUCUACACAGUUCUGAUGUUCAACAGCAGGAAUGAACACUGUGUAAGAAGUGAGCUUAUUAAAAUCAGCCAAAUGAAGUAUGCUUUUUCCUGUCGGUAUAUCAGCAUGGUGCAGAUGGUGGAUUGUAUGAUCCUGGACAGAGAGACCACAAAGCCCUAUCCUCACUCAUCUGUGGAAGAUGAAGGAGGAAAAGAAGAAAAGAAAAGUGUUGUGAAAGAAGAUAGGGAGAAAAAGAAAAAGAAGAGGAGAUCAGUAGACAAAAGAGAUCCCAGCGAGAAGAUGUCAGACUCUGAUAAUCUUUUGUUUGUCUCCAGAAGGGAAGUAAAGCAGAGAGGAAGAAAUUCACUGCCUAGCAAUGAAGAAGAAUUUGGAGGUAAAGAAGUAGCUAUGGAAAAUGAUAAAUAUUAG